CGCAGCUCUCUAAUAAUAGUAAAUAAUAAUCUAAUUGUUGUAUUAUUAAAAAGAAACAUUAUUUUUCUACAAGAUGAUUGUGUCUAUAGAAAGAAAGCUUUUCUUAUUAAGUUUUUGUUUUAUAUUAAUACAUACAAGUGUAGCACUUAACAAAUAUUCUGCCAAAGCGAACAAACCUAAAGAAGAUUUAUUAGAUUUUCCAACGACAUUAAGAGAAUUAGAUAGACCAUUUCGAAUGUCAAAAUUAAAUGUAUUAUGGGUGAAAGCAAAAAAUCGUUUAACAGAUACUAAAUUGCAAUCAUUGUUUAGCGAUUUAAAAAUGCAUGAUAAAGAAGAAUUAGCGUAUAAACAUUAUAAGGCUGAUGGAAUGGAUCCAGAUGGUUCGGAAGAAAUUAGGUUGAGAAAAAAAUUAAUUGGUAUCAUGAGUACGUAUGGCUUGUUAGAAUACUUUUUUGAAACAGAAGAUCCAAUGUUACUUAAAAGAUAUAAAGCCUUUAAUGAUGGUAGCAAUUAUGUCGCCAAGGAUGUGUUUAAAGAUUCUAGAUUGAAUAAACUUUGGGCUAAAGCUGAAUUAGCAGGCUUUACUCAUGUAGAACUUGACGCAUUAAAGGAAGAAUUUGAAUAUCAUCAAGAAAAAGUAGAUGAAUAUAUGAGCUUGUUAAAAGAUAUAGAAGCUGGUGAUUCUGAAAUGCACGAAAAUAGUUUAUUCGACAAGCCAGACAGUUGGAAUGUGUUGGAAGAGGAAGAACAAUUAUCAAAUAAUAAUGUACCUGGAAAAAAGUUGGAUUAUUUAGGAAAAGCGAAUUUACUUAGAGAAAAACGCUUAGAGCUUAGAAAUGAGUAUGAUCGUUUGGAUAGGCUAACAGCUAAAGGGCCUAAUCAUAAGGAAUUUAUUGAACCAAAAGUACAAGGACUUUGGAGAGUUGCAUUGGAAGCUAGAUUUAAACCCGAUGAACUUGCUACUCUUAAGGAAGAACUUUUUAUUUAUGAGUCACGGUUACUCAAAUUAAGACAUCUUCAUACGGAAGCAGCUUUGGAAGCUGCACGCAGAGGAAAGUCUUACGAUUUGGAUAAUUCAACUUCGCAACAACAUAUAAAAAAACAUGCUAGAGCAGUUCAAAAGCUUCAUACGGAUCUUGAGACUAAAAUUAUGCAAAGACAUACAGAGUUAUAAUUUUUGUUAUGAAAUCUUUCAAUAAUUUCUGUAAUAUUUUCUUUUUAUAAUUAUUUCAAUAAAUAUCA